AUGGUGUGUAGUGAUUUCACAAUGAUUGAGGUAUUGAUUGUCGGUGCCGUUCAAGUAAUGUGGUACCAGCAGCGGGCCUUUGAGAUGCAAGAACUUCCCGGGUUGCCUGAAAUCAAGGCCACGCUGUCAUCACCGUCAGGCACCGUCAAUCAGCCUCUCUCUCUAGUGGUCCGGGCGGAGAGGGGGGGGAUGGGUUGGAGAGAAUGA